AAUAUUAUCCAGCAUGGCUCAGUGAUGACCUACUGUAUCCCUUGAAGUCGAACUGUCUCAGUCAAUCUCGAUUGUUCACAUCAACAUCUCCGACUCUUCGCCAUGUCGCUCAAAAGUUGGCUCUCCAUCGCCGCUGACUGCCAUUUCUCAUUGGCAAACAUACCAUUCGGGAUCAUCAGCACCCAAACAAGACCUACACCGCGACCUGCAAUUGCCAUCGGAGAUUAUGCGCUUGACUUGGACCUCUUCACAGCACAUAAUGGAUUCUCGGCUCUGUCUCUGGUCCAGCCACAUCAACAUGUCUUUUCAGACACGACGCUCAAUGCGUUUGCGGGACUCGGAAGACCGAUGCACGCAGCGGUCAGGAAAUACCUACAGUCGAUCUUCUUGGAGGCAACACCUUUCCCUGAUGUCUUGAAGAACAACAAAUCUGUCCAGGAAGCUUGUCUUGUCCCCCUAAACGACGUGACGAAUCAUGUGCCUAUGCAAAUAGGAGACUAUACAGACUUCUACGCUGGCUUGAAUCAUGCCUUCACUGUAGGUGAGCUCUUUCGCGGAGCGGCAAAUGCUCUGCAGCCCAACUACAAACACCUGCCCGUGGGAUACCAUGGACGAGCCUCGAGUAUCGUGGUGUCCGGAACACCAGUCCGUCGACCUCUUGGCCAGAUUCUGGAAGACCCUUCGGCCGAAGUCAAGAAGCCUAUCCUUACCGCCUGCAGGAAACUUGAUAUCGAGCUUGAGCUUGGAGCGUUCAUCUGCAAGAACAACAACAUGGGCGAGCCAAUACCCAUAGAUGAGGCUGAAGAUUACAUCUUUGGUGUCGUCCUACUCAAUGACUGGUCCGCUCGUGACGUUCAGGCUUGGGAGUACGUACCACUGGGACCCUUCACCGCCAAAAACUUUGCUUCCUCCAUCAGCCCUUGGGUUGUUCUGAGUGAUGCACUCGAGCCAUAUCGCACUUCUGGUCUAGAGAGCGACGUGGAAGUCCUGGAUUACCUUAGAGAGAAGAACGAGAAGACAGUUUACGACAUCAAGCUGGAAAUCGAGCUGAAAACUUCCUCGGGUUCUAGCACCACGAUUUCUCGCACAUCUGGAAAGAAUCUUCUGUUCUCAUUCAAUCAAAUGCUGACUCACCACUCUAUCACUGGUUGUCCUAUGCGAGUAGGCGACCUGCUAGGGUCUGGCACCAUAUCGGGAGUAGAAACAUCCGAGCGCGGCAGCCUUCUAGAGCAAAAUCACAAUAGUAAGACAGUGAUCAAACUUCAGGGGGGUGAGCAACGUGUGUUCCUCGAGGAUGGUGACGAGGUCACCAUACGCGGAGUGUGCAUAGGAGAAGACGGUUCAAUGGUCGGCUUUGGAGAAUGCAAGGGCAAGAUUAUCCCUGCCGUGCAGAUGUAGUUGCGUUUGUUCUUCCACAACUGAAAAUGGAAGACGAUGCUGUAACGCAGACUUCAUAUCGCUGUGCUCGACUUAAGACCUAGCCAACACAAGAGCUCAGCAAGACCUACUUUACUCUUGAACCCUCGAUGAGCUUGAUGCAUAGUAUGAUCUCAAGAAGUAAACGAGAAGGAUUCUGUGCCUUCAAUUAUAAAGCUUUCCUAGAAGCACAAUACACCUCUCGACAACACGGUUCCCUGACCUUUCUCUGAUCUUUAAUUACGAUCGAUAGUGUUUUCAGGUCGAUGGACCUGCAAGCCAAUU